GGCUAGAUAAUCAAAUGCGCUGACUCCCCGGCCAAAUGCGAACGGCGACGUGAAUCGUGAUCGUCGUCGUUGCCCGGUCGACUUGGACUGUGGUCCUUAAAUACUUCCUUCUGCUGUUAUUUCUUUCUGAUGCACGGAAAAAAAUUAAACAAGGUUGUAAAACAGGCCGUGAAACCUCACAUGCCCUUGUUGACGACAGCGUGCUUUUCGUCAUAUCCCUCAAAAUUUUUUUUAUCUAUCCGCUCAAAUUUUAACAUGGGUAGCCUUGAAACGCUCUUGCAUCCAUGCGAUCGAUCGCCUUUUUGAAUUUUUUUUUUUUGGAUUUCGAAUCGCUUAGCUCUGUCCCUGUCAAUGUAAGAGCUAUUUUUCUAAAACAAUGAUCCGUUCUGGAGAAUGCCCGGCUCUGUUUUUGAGUGCUCUGAUGCUAUUCUGGUUUUUAUAUCGACGAAACAACUUCUAUUUUUGCCUCCCGACAGUUAGAUGGGACAUGGAGUUCGCCAAAUUGCAUGCUGGCUAAUGGGGUCUAUUUUAGGUUUUCAAGUCUUUUCUGUUCGCCAAAUCGAUGGCUACCAAAUUGGGAAUAUGUUAGGUUUAUUAGGCCUUUUCUAUGCAAUUCCCGACUUGGGUUUUGCUGAAUCAAAAUGGGUCCUUCAGAGGAGUCGGCAUUGCCCUCAAAUAAUGCUGGGCUUGUUGAUGGCUCCUCUACCCAUGGAAGUGUCCGCUUCAUUGAUUCUCUGCCCGUUCACGUCAAAGAGUUCAUUGCAGGUGGCGCCGCCGGUGCCUUCGCAAAUACCGCCGUCGCGCUGCUCGACCGGAGUAAGAUACUUCUGCAGACAAGAAUUGAAGGGUUUCAUUCUCUACGGUUGUGCCCAUCCCUGAAGAAGUUACUGAAGCAUGAAGGUGUACAAGGGCCUUAUAAAGGAAGUGGCGCCAAUGUCCUCAGUAUAGUUCCCUAUGCAGCAAUAUAUUACAUGACGUUUGAGCGGUGUCGAUAUUGGGUUUUGAAAAACUACCCUUCCUUUGGAUCGGGGCCUUGUUUGGAUCUUUUAGCUGGCUCUGCAGCUGGAGGGGCAGCAGUUUUAUGCACAUACCCCCUGGAUUUAGCUCGAACCAAGCUUGCUUAUCAGGCCAUGGACAAGAGACAAAGUUUCAGGACUGGAACGAGUGCUAUUCAUUCCCAUGCUGCAUAUUACUGUUUGCAAGAUGUCCUUAAGAAUGUCUACAAGGAAGGUGGAGUGCGGGCUCUGUAUCAAGGCAUAGGUCCAACACUUGUGGGAGUGCUUCCUUAUGCUGGCUUAAAGUUCUAUGUAUAUGAAGAGCUUAAGAGACAGGUUCCUGAAGAACACCAAAAGUCCAUCACAAUGCAACUUUCUUGUGGAGCUGUGGCUGGGUUUCUUGGGCAGACCUUCACAUACCCAUUGGAUGUUGUUCGGGAACAAAUGCAGGUUGAGAGUCUACAUGAGGGUGAUGCCAGAUACAAGAAGAACACAAUGGAACGGUUGAUCAAUAUUGUGCGUAAUCCAGGAUGUAGACAGUUGUUUGCAGGCCUGAAGAUUAAUUAUAUGAAGGCUGUUCCCUCGGCAGCCAUUGGUUUCACAGCAUAUGACAUGAUGAAGUCUUGGAUGUGUGUUACAUCUCAGCAAAAGUUUUGAUGGGUAUCUGCAGAGCAUGAAAUGGUCACCAGAUUGCCUAUGAACACAAGUUCACAUCAUCAAUAUAUGAAGAUUUUUCCACCACAGUUGAUAGGCAAUAGUUUCCUUUGCUCAGUGUCGCUGCUCACACAAUUGGGUUGCAAUGGUGAAUCAUGAAUCAGUGAUUUCUCUCAUCAACUUGACUUUAUUGGCCCCUCUGUUUUCAUGGUUAUGACUUUGGAGGCAGGCUGGAAUGCUUACUGCUUUUAAGAUCAAUUAUAUGCCUUGUCCUGGAUUUCAGCUAGGAAAAAUUCAUGCGAGAAAUCUGCAGCUCGUAGCAGGUGGCAGCACUCCUGUUUAUGCUGAUUUAAUUCUUGGGUAAGCUUGUUUGACAAGUUUAGAGGCAUUUUUUUUCAAUCAACAGAGAACAAUUUAAUCAACAAAGAGAAAUUUUCAAACAAUUAUGUUUCAGUUUUGACAAGGUUUUGGUUCUGAAGGUGCCAUUUUUGUGAUGAACAUACAUGUGCAAAGGUAGUGAAGGAGAUUAAUUCAUGUCAAUUUCUUGCUGUAAUGUGAUAUUUAGUCCAGAUUUUCAUUCAUAGAUUCCUAAUGGUUUGAUUGUGGGCAUUCAAAUGUC